GUAGUUCCUCCACGCGAGGUUUUGGGUAACAGUACUGUAGUUUCGUGUUUUAUGUGUUUUAGAAAAGUGUUUUCACGAUAACCUCGUAGUGGGCCACUGUGCUGUGUUGUGUUGCGUCCAGAAUGGCGGCAGACGUGUCCGGACCCUUCAAUGUGUGUAACUGACCCGGAUUUUGUCUUCAUUUGCGGCGAAUUGAAGCAGGCAGAGCUUCCAUGGAGGGUUUGGAGGAGAAGCUCAAAGGUCUGUCCAUCGCUAGGCGGGCCCGUCCUGAGGAGCCCACCUACCUGCUGGAUGUCGCCUUGCAGCCAUGUGGCCUUCUGGCUGUUUCCUGCUCCAACUUCACCAUCCACCUCCACAACAAGGACACUCUAAAGCUGGUGGGAGAGUAUCAAGGUCACAGCGGGCCACUCUGCGGGGUCACGUUUGCCCACACCUCCUCUGACCUUCUGUACUCCGGUUCUGCGGAUGGGACUGUCCGGGUGUGGGACGUCCGCCGGCCCGGGACAGAGGCUGUCCAGAAGUUUAAAAGCGAUCCAUCGCACUGUUAUUGCAGCUUCGACCUGAGCUGCAGCGAUUCACUCCUGUGUGCUGGCACUGAGCAGGUGAACAACGAGGACAGCUUCCUCGUUUUCUGGGAUUCAAGGAAACCAGGAGGUGGGCUUCUAGGGGUGUAUUCUGAGUCGCACAGUGAUGACAUCACACAGGUGCGCUUCCAUCCCCGGCAUAAAGACCGCCUGGCAUCUGGCUCCACAGAUGGCCUUGUUAAUGUUUUUGACCUCAGCCAGGGAGCAGAGGAGGAGGCGCUGCUUGCCACCUGUAACAGCAACUCGUCAGCCAGCUCGGUGUGCUGGUCCGGAGCUGACUACACCCAGCUGCUGUGCCUCAGCCACGAUGAGGGGCUGCACCUGUGGGAUCUGGGCCAGUUGGAGACAAAUGAGCCUCUCACCAUCUUCAGCACCACUGAUGCUCGCAGCCUGACUCCACUGGCUGACGGGGGAGGUGUGGAUUACCUGGUGGGGGGGCGGUGGCUGGAGGAAGCCCAGAAGCUGCUGGUGGUCGGCGGAAAGAACAGUGGGGACCUCCACCUGAUGAAGUGUGACGCUGGGGGGCUUCGUCUGCUCAGGAGCCUCGAGGGCGGCCACGCCUCCACGGUGCGCUGCUUCCUGUGGGAUGCAGCAGAGGAGGCCUUAUUCACUGGGGGAGAGGAUGCACAGCUUUUGCUGUGGAAACCAGGUGGGGAGGAGCUCACGACGGGGAAAAGGGAGUCCAUGAAGAGUGAAUCAGCUCUCAGACUCAAAUCCAGACCUCAUAACAAACACGGCUACCACAGAGAAAAGAAGACAACAUAGCAGAGAAACAAAGUGAGCAACAUGCACCUGACUGUAGAGCAUGCAGAAAGCUCUCAUUGACUGAACCAGUUCUGUGUUUGAAUAUUUAAUAUUUUAAUAUUUAAAGCAGCCCAGCUUUUGAGGAAGAUGUCAACAAAGAGAUUAAAAUGGUAUUCGUUGUUGAUAGAUGCUGUUUUACUGUGCAGUCUCCUGUUUACAAAGAAACCAGCUCAUAGGAAAAGUGUGAACAGGUGACUUUGAAUGGACAAAUUGCAUUUUAGCCUUUGAUAGACAUCUGCCAGACCUAGCUAACAAACAUGGUCAGUAUUUUAAUGUGAAAAGAGCUGUGUGUGUCUAAUAAAAAUGUUGUCAUGCUGUGUGACAUGAGCACAACAA